AUGGCAGCAGAAAUGCAGAAAAGCAAAAAUGAAAACGGGGGCAAGAGGCUUGAGGUGUAUAGACAGCUCGCAGCAAAAUGCUCGCUGUGGCCACCCGGGGCUUCGCAAGGCGCCCCACAGCAGCAACUACUGCAGCAGCAACAACUGCAGCAGCAGCAGCAGCGGGACCCCCCGCAACUGCAGCAGCAGCAACAACAGCAGCAGCUGCCACGGCAGGCACCCCCAGGCUCUUCUCGGGCGUCAAGUUUCUUGAGCAAAAAAGACGAGGCGCUGCUGCGGCGGCUGCUGGCCAAACACCCCGAGGCGGACCCCCGCUACCGCAGCACGGGGGGCCCCGCGCUGCUGCAGCCGCUGCAGCCGCUGCAGCAAGCCAUUUCUUUAUCUGUGGCGAAGCAUUUUGCUGCUAAAGCUUCUAAGGCUUUUCUUGAAGAGUUGCCGCUGCUGUUUGCUGCUCACGGCUGGCAGCCGCCGCCCGAGCACAGGGCCCUGCUGCAGCAGCAGCAGCAGCAGCAGCAGCAGGCCCAGGGCCACAAGCGCGACGGCUAG